CUUCCCUUCAUACUUACCAUUUUACCAUCAUCUCUUUCUCUCUCACACACUCACACACUCCUUUUCUUUCUCUCUCACUCCCUGUCUUCUCUCUGAGCACACAUCUUUCAGAAGAGAGAGAUGAAAUGAAACUACAGUUGCUUCCCCCCUUUUCUAGGAAAAAUAUCAGCCAAUCUCCUUAAACAUUUUCAGAAAACAAAGCCAUAAAAAGCCAACCAAACCCAACAACAACCAUCAUAAACACCUUUCAUAGAGUUUUCUAGGAUUGAUCAAACACAAACAACAAAAAAAAAAGAAAAAAAAAGAUUCAAAAGAAGCAAAUCUUAAAAAGAAAAAGAUUUUGAGCUACAUAUUGCCAUCCAUCUAUAUAUAUAUAUAUAUAUAUAUAUAUGUAUAUUACCACUCAUAUCUUCUCCCUUCUCUCUCUUUUUCUUCUUCUUCUUCUUCUCUCUCACUCUCAAAUUCAUCAUCUAAACCAAAAACCAUGAUCAAUCUCAAAAACCCGUAACCUCUUUUUUCUUCUUCUUCUUGUUCUUCUUCUUCCAAGAUCAAAUUUUUAUUCAAUUUUCUUACAUCAAAACACUUAUUAAAUCCCAAAAAAAAAAGAACCCUUUUAAUGGAUUCAACUCAAGAAGUGGAUUCACUGAACAUCAACACAAGCUCAGCCAUUUCCUCAAUGAGUGGAAUGAACAUGAUGAUGAUGACUUCACCUAAUUCAUCAUCAGCUGUUUCAGCUUCUUCAACCAUUUCAUCUUCUUCUCCUUCAUCAACAACAACCCUAAGCCGAUACGAGAACCAAAAGCGAAGAGAUUGGAACACUUUUGGGCAAUACCUCAAAAACCACAGGCCGCCACUCUCUUUAUCUCGAUGCAGCGGAGCUCAUGUUCUUGAGUUCUUAAGGUACUUGGAUCAGUUCGGAAAGACUAAGGUUCAUACUCAGCUCUGCCCGUUUUUCGGGCACCCGAAUCCUCCGGCACCUUGCCCUUGUCCCCUCAGACAAGCUUGGGGAAGCCUUGAUGCUUUGAUUGGUAGACUUCGAGCUGCUUAUGAAGAAAAUGGUGGGAAACCUGAGACCAACCCUUUUGGAGCUCGAGCUGUUAGGCUUUAUUUACGUGAAGUUCGUGAUUCUCAGGCUAAAGCAAGAGGAAUCAGCUAUGAGAAGAAGAAGAGAAAGCGUCCUCAACAACAACAACAACAACAACAGCAAUUAGCUAUGCAUCCUGCAUCUUCAUCGAGCUGAAAAAAACAAAGAGUACUAAUAAUGUUAAUUUGCAUGAGAUGAGAUGAUCCUUCUUCCCAAGUAAUAUUUUGUCAUUUGUUAUGAUUUAGUAAGUAGUCUUUCUUUUGGAUGAUGUUGGCACUCUAUAUCUAGUUAUCUGCUACCCUUUAUGGUAUGAACUAUGAAGGGUUUAAGGAAUAUUUUGCAUUAUUAAUUAUCACCGUUUUUAUAUUAAUUCUAAGUUUUAAGUAGUUUAUUCGUGUGUCUUUGUUGUUAUUUACCUGAUUUAAGAUUGUUGCAAAAAUGUUGAAGUUUGUGGUUUUGGAAAAUGAUGAUGUUGUAGUAUAUAUCACUGAAUAUUGUUUGGUAUUUGUAUCUAUUGAAUGAAUUCAGUACUGGAACAAUGAAUAGAACUGGUAGUCGAUAUUGAGUUUUCUACUUGUUGAUUCAGUGAGAGGAGACAGUGUUUUUGUUUUUGUGUUUUGUGGUGGGAUCGAUCUAUCUUUGAGAUUUUUUCUUCUUUUUUUUUUUUUUUGGUUGGGUUUUUUUAUGAUUCAUGAAAUUUUGUCAUAAGGCAGGUUUUCUUUUCUGAAGGAGAGACCAUUUAUUGCAAGUGCUGGAUUUUUGCAAAAAUCAGGUUCAGUGUUUUAUUUAUAUAUAUAUAUAUAUAUAUAUAUAUAUAAUUUUUCUGGAAAUGUUGUUGCUUUUCUUUUGCUCUCUGGUAAGGAAUUGGCAAAUCAUCCAGAUAUAGUAUAUGUAUGACUUUGCAAAGAUUAGAUAUAUCAGGUGUCAGCUUUGUCCCAGCACUGGUCUGUCUUUGUUAGCACAAACAGAAGUGGCCUUUUUUUGUACAUUUCAUUUUUUUCCCCCCUCUUUUGUGCAUAUGCAUAUACUUUGGUUGCUACUGCAUUAAUUUUGCUUGUAUGUAUACUCUGAACAUUGAGCAGAAAUACCUCAGAACUGGCAUGGUUUUCAAUGUUUUUAGCUAUAAAUCCCCACAUUUUUAUUACCUUCCACCGUGAAUAAGAGUUAUAUAUUUACUGUACGAAUAAGUAAUACACUGAACUCUUGAGAGAGCCCUCAUCGUGCAUAUUUAGAUUCUACCUGUGGUUGACAUUGUGUUUGACACUAUAAUGUAGGAGGUUUGAGAAGUUUGAAAUUGUGUGUACAAGUUUGUGUGUUGAUGAGUAUUGAGCUAUGUUAGUCUGAGGGCGAUACGUUUCUGUUAAACUUCUAACCUCUAAAAUAAACGAACUAUUCAUUGCUAUCACAUAUGUAAAUAUAUAUAUUUGUGACCCUUUUGCUGAUGCUAUGAAUGAGUAGUAGUGAUUUUCAGUCAUGUCAUGUAUGAGAGCUGAUGUUCCCCGAUUGGGAGAUGACAUUAACUUCUUUUCACAUGAACUUCUUCUAAUAGUGAAGUUUUAGUUAGGUUAUUAUUAAUUGCUACUAUCUACUACUACUUCUAGUGUAUUGAGCUUACCCUCUCAUGAGUGUCAUCUUCAUUAAUUUGUAGAUUCAUUUGUGAGAUCCAAGUACUUCUUGUUUUCAAUCUCUUUUGCAUCGUGAAUGAAUCCACUUUACAAUGAUUGAAAUGAGAAACUUUCAAUUUCGAAAUUUGUCUUUCUUUCUGAGUUUGACAAUAUUGGCUUGUGCUUGUGAGUUGGACUACAUAUAUAUUGAUAGUACUAAUGUCCUUAUAUAUAUUUAUUCAUUGUAAGCUGUCACAUAAUGCCAAAGAAGAAAUCCAUUGCCACUAAGAAAAUUUUUUUUGUGAUGGAUAUUGUAGGGUAAGAUUAAGAUGUUUUUACUAAUUAAAGGG